ACAACAACAACAGCAUCAUCAUUAUCAUCAUCAUCAAUUAUAAAUGUAAAUCAUUCAAAUCAUCAAUCAUUCGGUGAACCAUUCAUAAUAAUGACAAAGAAAGAAAAUUCUUGUCAUUUUAUUGAAAGACGUAUAUCAUUAGCUAAACAGGCAAAAGUUGGUCGUUCAAUUGGUAAAACAUUAGCAUCAUUGAAUAAUGCUGUUUUUGAUUGUAAAGUAUUAUCACGUAAUCAUGCUGUUCUUUGGUAUGAAGAAGGAAAGUUUUAUCUAAAAGAUACAUGUAGUUCGAAUGGUACAUUUGUUAAUGGACAACGUUUAUCGGCAACAAAUGAACGUUCAUUACCUCAAGUUAUUUAUUCGGGUGAUUGUAUACAAUUCGGUGUUGAAGUUACUGAAAAGAAAAAUGUUCAUAGCUGUGUAAUAGCAACUGUACGUUUAUUUCAUCCGGAUGGUACAGAAGCAACAAAAGAUAAUCAUCGUUUAUUAGCUGAUGGUUGUUUUGGUGAUGGUGAACAACAAUUUUUAUUAAAUUAUCCAAAUUCAUCAAUACAGAUACCGCCUAGUCAAUUAUUUGAUCUUGUUUGUCAGAUAAAUCAAUCGGUACGUAAACAAACAUUAUUAGAACAACAAUUAGAUUCAACACGUCAAGCAAUGAAUGAAGCACUUGAUUCAGCUAAAAAUGGUUGGCGUUCACUUGUUGAAGAGGAUCGUUUUUUAAGCCGUAUACAAACAUUACAAGCACAACUUGAAGUAUGUCUUAUUGCUAAAAAUCGUGAUUCACCUGAAUCAUCAAUAAUUGAAGCGCUCAAAUUAAAUAAUCUAAAAUUGAUUGCCGAUAAAGAAAAAUUUGAACAAGAAUCAAAAUGUUCAUUACAAAAAGCAUUAGAAAAUAAGAUUAUAACUGAAACAAAUCUUCAAACAGCCAAAACAAAAUUGAAUGCCAAAAUUGAUGAAUGUCGUUUAUUACAAGAAUCAUUAGAUUCUAAUGUUAAAGAGCUAAAAUGUUUAGCACAAAAUUGUGAUAAAUUAAAAAAAGAAAAAGAAGAAUUGAUUAUCAAAGUGAAACGUUUUGAAGAUGAAGAUUUGAAAUUAAAACAACAAAAACUUAAUACUACCGUUGGUGGUAGUCAACAAGUGAUAACAGUAAAAAAAUCAACAACAUCAACCAAUACAAUUCCACCGAUCAUGUUGGAUCAAGAUGUUCAGACAACGAUCGAUAACAUUAUUGAACGAAUUUCUGAAAAUCAUCAACAAACACAAACAGAUUAUCUCAAUGAAUCGACCGAUUUUAUAGAUUCCAUUUCAACAGAACCUAAACAAGAUGAACAAAUAAAAAGUUUUAUAUUGAAUCGUCAUGAACUAGUGGAAAAUCAUAUUCAACCAAUGUUAAAUCGAUUAUCAUUAAUUAAAGAUUCGGUUGAUAAACAGUUAAUAUUAAUGAAUGAAAAGCAAUUAAAUAUAAAUAAAAUAGUUGAAAAUUUACAAAGAAAAAUUCAAGAAUAUUCAAUAUUAUUUCAACAGAAUGAAUCAUUAAAAAAUCAAAUUGUACGACAAAUUGAAAAUGAAAAUAAAUUGAAAUGUGAUAUACAAUGUUUACGUAUUCAAUUGGAAGAAUCAUCGAAUAAUAAACAUAAACAUUCAACAACAACAACAGCAAACAAAUCUGAUAAUCCUGUUAUUAAAUUGGAAAAAUCUGUACAAGUUGAACAACAACAAUUCGAACGAAAAUUAUUAUAG